CGGGGACGGAGACUGUGGAUCCACCCUUAGAAGGGGUGCAGAAGCAAUGAAGACCUGGAUUGAAAGCGAAGAGCUGCUCUAUUUUACAUGUCUCAUGUCUCUAAUUAUUGCUGAGGAGGCUAUGGGAGGAAGCUCAGGGGCGUUCUAUGGGUUGUUCCUGCUAACAGCUCAACAAGCAUAAGGAGAUGAACCUGGAUUUGGUGAUUGGGUAGAAGCCCUCAGGCAAGGCAUGGACAGAAUUAUGAAGUAUGGCAAAGCAGAGGUUGGGGACAGAACCAUGCUGGAUCCGCUUGACGCAGCAUACAGGAUACUGAAGGAAGGCCACACUAACAACUCGUACUCUAUGAAGACCUUGGAAGAUGCAGUCAAUGCUGCUGAGCAAAGUGCUGAAGCUACAUCUAUGAUGGCCGCCAGAGCUGGCAGAGCAAGAUACGUCAACCCAGACCAGUUAGGACGACCUGAUCCUGGGGCAAUGGCUGUUGCUAUUUGGCUCCGAGCAGCACAUAAUGCAUUGAGAGCUAUAAGCUCCUUCUGUGAUGUGGGUUUUUCAAUAAAAGAGUCAGAAAGCAGAUGGUAAAAUGCUUUAUUCCUUGCUCUAAAGAUUCAAGGAUGCCAGCUUUUUGCAUGAAUUUAGACCUUUUAGGGCAUGAUGAACGUUACAAGAUGUCAUAAUUAGUAA